UAGGGAGUUUCCAAACUUACAGCCACAUAUCGUUUGAUUUCAAGGAAUUGUGACGUUGCCUAGGGAUAGUCUAUGACAUCACAACCAGUCACCCAGUAGAGAUCUCUCCGCAGUGUGGAAAUAGUUGGUAAAGCACACGCAAUCCAAGCCACCUUUUUAGCUACCAGAGCAAUAUACAUUUGUGAGUUUCUUGUCCGCAUCGCUUGGACAGGAUUUUUUAUUCAUUUUAACGGGCUCCGACAGAAGCGCAGUCAGUGAAGGACGUUUGAAAACUAACGGUCUGAAUUAUUGACUUCUGAUUAGUUCAGGAUUAAGUUCAAACCGGGAAAAGACACGGAUAGAGGUUGUUUUACCAACGACAUACAUUUAAUUUUAAUCAGCACAGACAGCAUGGCGAGAGAGGACGCUCGGAAUAGGCAUGACUUCACAAAAAUCAGACUGUUCAGCGUGGUCACGUUGCUGACUUUUCAAGGGGCAUUGUCUCAGCAGGUGAGAGUGGAACCGGAAGUGAUGUCCUACCCCAGCCAGGCGGUCAACCUGAGGUGUGCCUUCGCAGAUGCUGGAGGGAUACAGCUCACACAGGUGUCCUGGAUCUAUGAGCCGAAGGAGGGCGAGCGGCUCAACAUCGCCGUGUACCACCCUAAAUUUGGGGCAAGUUUCCCCACGUCGCCCCUGAAGGGGCGGGUCCGCUUCACGACAGAGCCCCCCUCCCUCAGCAACCCCUCCAUCCAGAUCUCAGACGUCAAGAUGAGUGACGAGGGGAAAUACAUCUGUGAAUACGCCACCUACCCCAGUGGCAACGAACAGGGUGUCACCUCCCUCGUCAUGCUAGCCAAACCCAGGAACUCUGCCUCCGGGGUAACAGUGAUAGCCUCCACUGUCGCCACGGGAGCCAAGCCAGUUGUUGUGGCCCGCUGUGAGUCGGCCGACGGUCGCCCUGCUGCCCAGAUCGCAUGGGUGACAGCUGUCAACGGCAACGCUACCUCCACCUCUACGGCGGGCGCUGACAACACCGUGACGGUAUCCAGCCAGUACAUGCUGGUUCCCACAGCAGCAGACAACGGCAAAGACAUCAGCUGUUUGGUGUCCCAUCGAACCCAGGCCAAGCCUGAGAGCUUCCUGAUGAAACUGGCCAUCGAAUACCCCCCACAGGUGACCAUCGUGGGCUAUGAUAAUAACUGGUACAUGGGUCGGACCAACGUGGCUCUGACCUGUCAGGCUACUGCCAACCCCAUUCCUACCACCAUCACAUGGAAAACUAUGUCCGGUCAGAUGCCAGACACAGUGCAGGUAAAAGAAAACGUGCUGACCGUGCUGAAGGUGGAUGAGCAGGCCAACACAACCUUCGUCUGCGAGGUCAAGAACCGCUUGGGCACCGGCAAGGACCAGGUCACUGUUAUGGUCCGAGAACCCUCUGUGGUCUCCUCCAACGCAGGCGUGGUGGCAGGUGCUGUGAUUGGCUCCCUUCUGGCCCUUCUCCUUGUUGCCGCCCUUAUUGCCGUCCUGGUCACCCGAAGCCGCCGGCAACAGCAGGGUUACCGCGGCAACCCAAACCACAGCUCCUACGACAUAAAGUCGCGCGUCUUCGGUGGCGGCAAGAAGGGGAGCAAGAACGGGACGGGUGCUGGCGCCGGGGGCAACGGGGCGGGCGGCAACAACAGCCCCAUCUACGUCUACAAGGAGGGCUCCGCCCAUGAUGGCCUGACUGAAAAGGCCAAUCAACACGUGCCGCUACACCUGGGGAGGCAUGGUGAAGGGGGGGUUGCCACGGCGCAGGACAUCCUGUUGAGCGGCGAGCUGGACGAGGCAGAGCGGAGAAAGUUUGACCAACUGGAGGAUGACGAGGAGAGUUACGACCACUUUGGAAGGGGCGGGCCCAUCCUGCAGCUCCGCCCAACACAUGACCAGGACGGAAUCAUGGGUGGUUACCUUGACGACGACAUGGAGUCUCAGCGCGACGGGUCGGUCAUCUCACGGACUGCCGUGUACGUGUAGAGAGAACGAGCAGAGGAAGAGGAGGAGGGAAAGCAGGAUGAAGAAGGAAAGGAUGAAUGAAAAUGUCCUCCUUCUAGAGGAGUCGGUGGUGUUGGGUUCUCCUCUGUUGGAUCAUUUGAAAUAUAUUAACGACGACCAAAAAUGCAGUCCAUGGAGGGAGCAAGAUGAAGUGGCUGAGGGAGGCAAUGUACAGAAACAAGAUGGAGGACUGGUGUAUUGAUAAUACAAAUCUUUUUCUCUGGUCUCAAUAUGAAAAGUGGAUCACUUGAUAUCUAUCUACCAAAACAAUGAAAGAAAUCCUGAAACUAUCUUCCUCACAUUGCUGCUCUGUCUGUUGUGUUCCUCCUUUCCUUAGCUUAGGGACCUUGGAGAUUGAAGCCUCCAGAGAGACACAUUGCGGUAGGGACUUGUGGGUAAAAUGGCAUCUCCAUGCACCUGUUCCCACGUUAGAAACUCCUCACUAAAAUAUUCACUCUUAUCUCCACUAAACGCACAGUAGCAAUGUAAGGGGUGUCAUGAUGAUACCUGCUCCCUGCUAUUCUCGUCUCUCUCCUGUGGGACAACGUUUGUUCCGGCCACAGUAGCCUUGUUUCUGCUGUAUGUGACAGUACUGGGGAAGGGGAAGGUUGACAGCGGAAGUGGUCGAUGUAGUUGUGGUUCAGUAGAAUGUCAGACUCUCUCUCGUGUCUGUAUGUUGCAGUAGGCCUCCUCAUUCUCUCUGCUAUUGUGCCAUCAACUGGAAGUAUGUGCAGAAUUUAGUUUGGGACAUUCUGAAAUGAUAAACAACUUACUGAAGGAGGUAGGUCAUCUAGAUGAAGAGUGCAUGAAAUGGGAAUUGAUAGAGGGAACUGUACAGCUGUUCUCAUCUCUGGUGAGACUGGGAGAGAGGGGUUAGGAUGAAUUGAUAAAGGGAGAAAAAGGAAAGGCUCUGAAACAGCAGGGCUGUUCUCCCUCUCCUCUUUUUGAUCCCUCUCUUCUUGUGGUGUUCCUGACACGAAGAGUUUGAUUGCUAAUGAGCCAUGAAGUCACUGCUCAGCUUAGCCCACACGCACACCAAAUGACCACCGCUUGGAUGUUAUGACGUGGACAUUUUCUCUCUCCCCGUUUCUCUCCUCCCCCAGUUUCUCCAUCACCUCUCUCUAUCUACCCUGUGUGUGUGGGUGAUUAACACAGGGAGAGGUAGGGAGGCAUGAAAUACUCCGUGUCAAACACCCCACUUACUGUACCCCCUUCUUCCUGCCAGACCUGACUCAGAAAGCCAUGGUGGAGUCAUGCCCUGCUCACUGUACAUCUCAGCUUUCAUAGGUUGAUUAGACAAAUGAAGUCAAAUGAAUUGAUUGAUUCUGUGCAUACACAGGGGGGUGAAUGACCUGUUAUAGGACCUACAUUGACUAGCAGAGGUCUGGGUAUAAUCCUUCAUGAUUCAGACCGGAGCUUGAUAGUUUAGUGACUAAUUUGUCUUUCUAACAGGACAGUCGAGGGCUGUUCAAGCCAAUAUCACCAUGUACAACUAUUAUACAUCACUAGAGGCAAACAGACGACCACUGGAAGGCUAUGACCACCUGUCUUCCUGAAGAGCCUUACUUUCCUACCCUCAAUAGCCCAGAUCUGAAUCCCCUCUGAAUCAGCCCCUUCACAACUCCUAUCUCAUGACUCCCCUGUGAUUCAUCGUGUUCCCUGGUUAAUCAGUGGGGUUUCCUUGGCUGCCCUGACCAGGCGAGGUGCCUGAUUGGCCCAUUAAAGCCUAGGUCUGUUUAUGGGUCACGGCCAGCCAGAGGUCAUGGGGUCACAGAGAAACGCACACACACACUUUGGUGAGAGAGCAACGUGUAGUAGUGUUCCAGGAUGACGUUAACUGUUGUGGUGGAGGUUGACUGUUGUGUGGGGGAGAGACCGGAACGGAGAGGGGGGAGACUGGGAUAGAUACUGGACCCACUGCGACUCGCCUAACCAUCAGCACUACAGCCUAACACUAUAGCCUAAGCCUGUCAGUCCUCAGUAUAGGCCAAAACUCUGGCUUACAUAAACAUUAUAGAUACAGUACACAUGCAGGGAGCAGGGCUCUACAGUGCAGCCGUUUUACUUCAUAUGCGCCUAAGUAUUUUGCUUUGCGACAUGUACCUUUUAUUUUGGUGCACCGGUGCGCCUAGACAAUUUUAGAAUUCUAGCUUUAUUACCUCAAAUAUUUUUCACUGUGCUCCAAAAUGUAUUUCUGUGCGCCUACAUGUUUCAACUUAGCCACACACGUGCUCCUAGAAAAGGUCAGCGUAGAGGCCUGUAGUGAACAACUUAUAAUGACCACUAAGAAACACGUAUCUCCAGUCUGCACUUGUAUGUAACACCAAAACAGGAUAUGCCCACUAGUUAUAUUUGAAUGAAGGUGAUCAAGUGUGUCUUUGGAGAAAUAUUGAUAAUGUCCUUCGGUUUGUAAUGUGAAGGAGGGAGGGAAGGGAGAAAGUUGUAUGUAUAUUUUGGUGUGAGGUAUCUGUAUACUAUAUAUGUACGGAUCUUUAUUUUUCUUGUCGAACUCCUGUGAAAAAAUGUGGAUAUUGAUCAGAGUGUAAAUAACUGCUGUAUAGUCAAUGGUGUCAUGUGGAACUCACUUCCUGGUUUGGCCAAGGUCAAAGUUCAGUCAGAGCCAAUAAUACUGUACUCCGAAUGUAACUGCUUGAAUAGACAACCCUUCAAUGAAAAGGUAUAGGAUGCGCAUCUUCAGUUAUUAAAUACUUGUGAAUCUAGUUCAUCUCAAGGACAAUAGUUGAAAUACAUGUAAACAUUUUAGUUUUUCAGCCAAGAUGAUAACUGAAAUAACUGGAUUGGCAGGUUCACUAAACUCAAUCAACAUACUUAAGAUACCUGCCCCUUCACCCAUAAACACACAUACUAUUUAUCAGAUAGACUAGCUCCUGUGCUGUGUGUGGUUUCUGAGUCAGCGCUGUGUGUGUGGCACAGAGGCUUUGGGACAUCUGUCAGUGCCACGGUGUGUAACCCGAAUGUCCAUUUCUUGCCCCCUCUGUCUCUUAGCAUUGGGAGUUAGAGGAGACAUUACUUUACACUGUCCCCUGCAGCCUGAUCUCUUAUCUCUCACACACACACACACACACACACACACACACACACACACACACACACACACACACACACACACACACACACACGCACACAGAGAGAACUAGUAGGAAAGGCACUUCCCCAAACGUACACAAACACUUAGUGGUUCGAACUCUGUCAGAACAUUCACAGACCCUUCUGUUCUCCAGAGACUGGGAGAGAGCCACACACACACUCCUCUUGCCCACUGUCAGGGAUUUAAGUAACAUGUGUUCUGAGAACACUUUCUGAGAAUCAUCUGUACUGUUACUCUCUCUCUGUGAGGGCUGUGUUUUUAAAGCUUUCAUAAAAUGAAUACCCAAUUGGCCAAUCUUUUACAACAUUUUAUUUUUAUUUUUUAAAUGUAAAUGCUUUCUGGGAGUCUACUUCUCUUGACCUCUGCUUGUACUGCCUGGCACAAAGAUUUUAAAAUAAAAAUGCUUUUAGAGAGUUGACGUAAUGUUCCUGUCCUGGAGUUAACACAGCUUGUUUGUAGGUUGUUAUUUGGUAGUUGUUGUUAAUCCACAUUGUCCUCCUCUGGCUCUAAACACUGAUGACUAAUCCAAGCCUUAACUUCCUUGUCGUCUUAAUCGCUCCCCCCUGACGUGUACAUAUUAUAAAUAUAUAAAUACAGUAUCUAGUGGAAAGGAAAAUAAAGAAUGACUAAUUUAUGGUGUCACGUGUUCUAUUUCUCAGCACCAAGCAUGAAGGAUUUCUUCUCUUCUGUAUCAAUGCUUAUUUUACAAGUUCUUAUCUUUUUAUCUCUUAUUGCAGUGCUUUAACAUUUAUGCUUUAUUUCUCCACUGCUUUGCUGUGACUACUCCGCCACAACAGGCUUAAUGUGCUUUUACCAUGCACCAUUUUGUACAGUUCACUCGAAACAAUCUUACCACAAAAUGUGCUUUUUAUUCACCGCUCUGAACUAGUUUUCUUUAAAGAAACCUUUUAGAAUCUGUCACUAUUUGUCAUGUCUUUCUAUUUUGUUUUGUUUUUUGUAUUUGGUUGCAAUUAAAGUUUUCUUGAUUUUUGAAACGA